AUGCGUGCGGCCGCGGAAAGUGCCUUUCACGCCUCAGCAGCAGGUGAUUCGGUACCUGUUCUUGUCAACAGUCCUCGUGGUGAGUCACCACGUGCGACAGGUACAUCCGCUGAGUCUGCAGCGGGUACCGCGAAUCGUAAUCUAGAUGAGUAUGAAAAUGAGCUCAUGUCUUCUGGAGAGUCAGUUGGUGUAUCCGACUCGCAGGCGACACCUCACGCCUCCGAAUCACCCGGGGCGGACACUGAUCUUGUCCAGCUUGACUGGCUCUUGUCAACGUGGUGGUAUCAUGACCGAGAUCUUCGGAUCGAGUGA